GCAUGCUGAAAUGUUGGUGCACUGUUUUUCUUCGGUUCUGUUAAAACGGUGUUAGUGGUAGUGCAGCCGUUGAGGACAAUGAACAUAAGCUGGAAGCACCGAACUGAAAAUAAGGCGACCGCUACCUAACAACGACGAAUGACUCUGCACCGUGUCAACUUUCGCAGCCAGGCCCUGAAAGCAACACCCAUUUCGCGAUGAAGGGGAGCCCGCACUAUGCCAUUGUUCGUCAUUCUCUGGAUUGCCACCGAGCAGAAAUACGUGGACAAAGGACAAGCCAUGGAGGAGGUCCGUGCAGCACAAGAGAGGACUGAGGGGGACGCUGCAGCUGAGGAAGCAGCGGUGGCGCCACGGUCUCUUGAGAAACAGGAGGACAAUGCUGAGAAGGUGUGCCGCGUCUGCUACUGUGAGGCUGACCUCGAAAAUGGGCCCCUGUUCCAACCCUGCUCCUGCAGGGGAACAAUAGGGUUCGGACACAAGCGGUGCAUUGAGGCCUGUCUGAACAAGUCGGGCGAUUUGUGCUCAAUCUGCCUCACACGCAUCAAGUGCCGCCGUAAACGACCGCCAUUGUGGCACUUCUUCAGCGACUUCAACUGGGAAAACAUGUCAGCGAUUGUGUGCAGUGUGGUCAGUUUCGCAUGCCCAGUGUCCCUCUUGGUGGCCACCUGCGUAUGCGUCGUGCAGUCUCGGUACACGCAGGACUGGAUCAGCAACGUGCUUGCCAUCGCGGGGUACAUCCUCUGCGUGGUGUUCGCGUCCCUGAUACUGAUUGCGGAAUGGUGGAUAGUCCAACAGGAGUACCAGGCCUGGAUAAUGAAGACCACCACGACGGAACUCAUUCUUCCAAACACCGAGGUCCAGAAAGACCCCUUGAAGAAGCGUCACAGAUUGUGGUGGCCACUGAAGUUUUAGAAUAAGAGACCACUAAGAAUCGCUUCCAUCCCUACUGAAUCAUUAAAGCGUUUUUUGUUCACCAUCA